AUGGCCCUGGGAAUAUUCAGAAAAAGCAAAGCGAACGACACCGUCGCACAGAACAAGGAUGUAGUAGAAGAGGAAAACAAAGUGGAGAACAAAGUGACGGAGUCCACUGCAGCAGAGUCGGAAACAAAGUCCGCGGUUGCAGCAAAGAAGAAGAACGCCAAGAAAGGUAAGGCCACGAAGAAGGAUGAUUCCUCGUCUGACUCGUCUAGCUCUUCGGAUUCCUCUGAUGACAGUGACGGAGAGGCCGUAAAUGGACAGACCAACGUAGAGGAGAACGUAGAGAAGGACGCCGCAAAAGUGUCCAAGUCGAGUUCCGACUCGUCAGAUUCUUCUGACUCCUCCGAUUCUUCAGAGGAGGAAGAGACCAAAGUUGCGAAGCCAGCCAAGGGUGGUAAGGCGGCCAAAGCAGCUGAGGUGAAGGCUGCGAAAGGGGCCAAAGAAGUGAAAGCCAAAGGGAAGGCAAAGGCCGCCCAGGUAAAAGCUGCCGGGGCUAAAGCAGCAGAGGCCAAAGCGGCAGAGGCCAAAGCGGCGAAGGAGGCGAACAAGUCGGACUCAGAUUCAGACUCCGACUCGGACUCGGACUUCGACUCAGAUUCGGAUUCCGAUUCUGACUCCGACGACGACGCAGCGGAACAACAAAAACUGCAACAACAGAUGCAACAACAGAAGCAGAAGAAACAGAACAACAAUAAAGUGGGCGCCAAUGAGCAGGUCGGAGGAAAGAACAAAAGGAAAAACGAAAUGGCCGCGGCGGAAAACAACAAGGGAAAAAACAAGAAGCAGAAAUUUAACAAAAAUGGAAAGGACAACAUGGUCAAUGGUGACGGUGAGGAUAAUGUGGAGGAAGAGGAAGGUCAGGACGAUGCUCAGGAUGGUGGUGAUUUCCCGACCGAGUUUAUAGUAACUAUACUGAACAUAAGUAGAGACGCACAGGAAGAGGAUUUGAGAUCCUACUUGAAAGAAUUACUAGGCGAUGAUUAUGCAGAGGAAAAACUGCUAAUCCAUAUUAACCGACUUUACAACGGUGCCUAUAUAUACUGUUCAGAAAAAAGCAUCAUGGAUGUAUUCGCAUCAAAGUACAACGAGAAGUUUAAUGGGGUCCCAAUAAAAAUUCACCUGAACCCGAAUGUUAUUAGUUCUGUUAAUCUUGCCCACAUUGGAAAGAACACUACAGAGGAGGAUGUAAGAAGUGUGUUUGAGAAAUAUGGAAAUAUUUCCAAGGUUAAUUUUUUCGCAGGAGGAACCAAAGCACAGAUUACAUUUGACAGUUUGGAAAGUUGCCUCAAAUCCUUGGAACAGGAUGGUCUUCUCAUAGGGGAUAAUUACGUGCACGUGUCGUUGAUUCUGAAUGGUAACAACUACCAUAGUAACAAUAAUUUUUCUGAAAACACGUAUGGCAACAGGGGGAACAGGAAUAACUACCAAGGUGGUAACAACAAUGGGCAGGAUAACGAUGGGGCAAAUGGAAACGGUAGGGGUGGCAACUUUUUCGGAAAGAAGUUUGGCCACGGUAACAAGUUCAACAGGAACGGCAACAACUUCAACCGAGGUGGAAACGGCUUCAACAAAGGGGGUGGAUUCCAAAAGGGAGGCACCUUUAACAAGGGGGGUAACUUCAACAAUGGAAAUAACUACAACAAGGGAGGAGGCUUCAACAAGGGAGGCAACUUCAACAAAGGAGGUAACUUCAACAACGGAAAUAACUACAACAAUGGAAAUAAUUACAACAAUGGAAAUAACUACAACAAUGAGGACGGGAACGGCAAGAAAUUCAACAAGAAGCCCUUCAACAACUUCAAGAACAAGAAGAACCAGGAGUUCGGAGCGGGUGCGGAAAACUAG